GUGGCCUGCGCAUUAGGGAUGCGAGCCGUGUCCACUCGCUGCUGCUACUGCUGCUGCUGCUGCCUCCUCCUCUGUCAUAAAUCUCUGCGUGCACGCCGCAACUGCAGCUCCGUGGCGUCCCUGGCUCCUCCCACUGCCUCUGCCUCUCUCCUCCGCUUCAUUCCUUCGCUCCACUCCUCCGCUUCACACUCCCAACUACCGCCUCUUCAGCCCGUCACCUCUUCACGACACCUCGUUCUUUCUACUCCGCGGCCGACAGCUCCGUCGCGAAGGAGGAGGAGGAGGAGGAGACGUGCGGUGCCGUUGCUUCAUCCGCUUCGCAGCAGCAGCAGCAGCGGCGGAAUCAGCUGCAUUAUCAUCAUCAUCAGCAGCAGCAGCAGUAGAAUCAUCAGCAGCCGCUGCUGCUGCUGCUGCUGCAUCAUCGUCAUCAGCAGCAGCAGCGCUCACGCCGAAGAGGAGCCUCGCGUGUGCCCGAGCGGCGUGGAGGAGGACGAGGAGGGAGGAGGAGGAGGCGAUCGCCUCGGUCGCUGUAGCCACCGCGCCGCUACCCGUGGAGCCAUGCGGCGCCUCUCGCUGCUGCUGCUGCUGCCGCUAUCGCUGCUCGCCCUGCAGGGACAGCUCGGUGACUGCCAGCGCCGGUCACCGUCUCGGGACACGGAGGAGCAGAAUGUGAACAACAACAACAACGUCUCUCCGUCCGACUUCCUCGACAAGCUCAUGGGUCGGAGUUCGGGCUACGAUGCACGAAUACGGCCGAACUUCAAACGCGAUCCUGUCAACGUGACGUGCAAUAUUUUCAUCAACAGCUUCGGCUCCAUUGCUGAGACCACGAUGGACUACCGACUGAACAUCUUCCUGAGGCAGCAGUGGAAUGAUCCGCGGCUCGCCUACUCCGAGUACCCGGACGACUCCCUUGACCUCGACCCGUCCAUGUUGGACUCCAUCUGGAAGCCCGAUUUGUUCUUUGCCAAUGAGAAGGGGGCGAACUUCCACGAGGUGACCACUGACAACAAGCUCCUGAGGAUCUUCAAGAACGGAAACGUGCUCUAUUCCAUCAGACUCACCCUGACUCUCUCCUGCCCCAUGGACCUGAAGAACUUCCCCAUGGACGUGCAGACGUGCGCCAUGCAGCUGGAGAGCUUUGGAUACACGAUGAACGACUUGAUCUUCGAGUGGAAAUCGGAGGGUGCCGUCCAGGUGGCCGAGGGGCUGACCCUGCCCCAGUUCGCCCUCAAGGACGAGCAGGACUUGCUCUACUGCACCAAGCACUACAACACCGGGAAGUUCACCUGCAUCGAAGCGAAGUUUCACCUGGAGCGGCAGAUGGGCUACUACCUGAUCCAGAUGUACAUCCCGAGCCUGCUCAUCGUCAUCCUCUCCUGGGUCUCCUUCUGGAUCAACAUGGACGCGGCUCCUGCGCGCGUGGCGCUGGGCAUCACCACGGUGCUCACCAUGACGACACAGAGCUCAGGCUCGCGAGCCUCCCUGCCCAAGGUGUCGUACGUGAAGGCCAUCGACAUCUGGAUGGCCGUGUGCCUGCUGUUUGUGUUCUCGGCGCUCCUCGAGUACGCCGCCGUCAACUUUGUGUCUCGCCAGCACAAGGAGAUGCUGCGCAUCCGCCGCCGCAAGAGGAGGAAUCCGGAUGAGGAUGGAAGGGGCUUCAACAUGUACGGCAUGGGCCAGUGCCUUCAGGCGGGCGACGGCAUGUCCGUCAAGGGAAUCAACGCAGCCAACUCAGCCCCUCCCCCCUCUUCCAUCCCACCCAAGGACCCAGACGCCAUCAAGAAGAAGUAUGUCGACCGGGCCAAGAAAAUUGACACAAUAUCUCGAGCAGCCUUCCCUCUUUCCUUCCUCCUCUUCAAUAUCUUCUAUUGGAUUAUCUACAAAAUAUUGCGCCACGAAGACAUUCACAAGAGAGAUGCCGGCAAGUGACCCCGGGCUAUCCCGUGGCUCGUUACCAACGUCCGUGGCUCAUUUACUCAAUUUCACACACACACACAC